UGCUCGGGUGAUGGGUGCACCAAAAUUUCACAAAUCACCACUAAAUAACUUAAUCAUGUAAUCAAAUAUCACCUAUUCCCCCAAAACUGUGGAAAUAAUUUUUUUUUUAAAUGGAAGCAUCCAAAGUGUAAUUUGUUUCCACAUUCUUGUAAGCCUCAUUACGUAUCUCAGGGACAGUUAAUACCGUCAUACGAAUUCAGAGGUGAGGAAAUGGAAUCACAGAGAGUUUAAGUACUUUGCCUAAGGAGAGUGAGGGGUGAGGCAGGAUUUGCAGUCUAGAAGCCUGGGUCUAGAGUUCUCCACUCUGCACUAUGUUAUUUCUGUACAUUUCUUACUGAAGACUGUAUGGAAAUGUAGAGUGAGACAGAACUAAAGCUCACCAGUCUUAGUCCAUAGGGGAGUAGUGACUACCCAGGGCUUGCUAAGUGCUCAGUAAUGUUAAUUGAAAGAUGAAUCAAUAUUUCAAUGCUGGGGCAAAGAGUGAGAAACUGGGGAAUGUCCAGGAACCAGCUAUCAGGAUAAGGCAGGACUAGAAUUAAUGCAAUAGUCCUCACAGGUCCCCAAGUCAACAACAGAAAAAUCAAAAGCUAAGGUGGCUCUUGUUUGAUCAAGGACCUCUUGUAUACCGACCUGUUAGGCUGCCGCACAGUCAACAUGGGAGUUGUAGAAAAGCUACUUGAGAGUGGUUGAUGGUAGCAGUCAGGCAUUUGGAGCUGGAGAGAAGGCUGAUUCUCCUCAACUAGUAUCAGACUGAGUAGGGACUUAAAGCUUCAGAAGUCUGAGCAGCAAAGCUGAGACCAGGCUCCUCGGGACAGGCCAUUCAUAUGCAUGAUAGAGUUUCAGUGAUGAGUCUCAGAAGAAAAAAGUUUAUGCAUGUUUUCCUUAAAAAUAUGUUCACUUAUAUUUAGGGAAUCCUUCAGAUAGCUAAUCUAAAUAUGUCUGUAAAAUUUAGUCUCAUUCUUUUUAUGACAUUAUUAGUAUAAUAAUAUGAAUAUUUCCCAGUGGACUUACUUCCACACUUCCUUCAAGGAUUCUCCGUUUUAUUUCAUACUUGAAGACUGUUAAUAAAUCACUCUCUAGCUAAGAACAAGUCAAUGCUAAAGCACUUAGCUUAUGUGACCUUCACAUUAAUUAUUUUUAUGACAGCAGCAGGAACGUUCAGCUGCUUUUCCCCCUUCCUUAUGAAGCCACGUGGCCCCAAGCAGACACAGUUCCCUUACUAUGCUUAAUGGUGGGCUUCUUAGACCUGUGCAUAUCUUAAAAGCUUUCCCUUGAAGGUGCCAAUCCAAACUCCAAGUUUCCCCAGCAGAUUUAAGGGGCUUUAAAUCUACUUGAGCGUGAGUGUUGUGAGAUGACUUUGAAAUUCUUACAAAAACUGAAAGUGAAAUGAGGAAGACAGAUUGAGCAAUCCAGUUGGAGGGUAAAUGCCAGCAAACCUACUGUACAGCAGGGGUAGAGAUGCAGCAAGGCAGAAAGAAGAAAAUUCAGGAGAACUCUCCUGAGGGGUGAGCCAAGCCCUGCCAUGUAGUGCACACAGGACAUCAACAAACACAGAUAACAGGAAAUGAUCCAUUCCCUGUGGUCACUUAUUCUAAAGGCCCCAACCUUCAAAGUUCAAGUAGUGAUAUGGAUGACUCCACAGAAAGGGAGCAGUCACGCCUUACUUCUUGCCUUAAGAAAAGAGAAGAAAUGAAACUGAAGGAGUGUGUUUCCAUCCUCCCACAGAAGGAAAGCCCCUCUGUUCGAUCCUCCAAAGACAGAAAGCUGCUGGCUGCAGCCUUGCUGCUGGCACUGCUGUCUUGCUGCCUCAUGGUGGUGUCUUUCUACCAGGUGGCCGCCCUGCAAGGGGACCUGGCCAGCCUCCGGGCAGAGCUGCAGAGCCACCACGCGGAGAAGCUGCCAGCAAGAGCAAGAGCCCCCAAGGCCGGUCUGGGGGAAGCUCCAGCUGUCACCGCGGGACUGAAAAUCUUUGAACCACCAGCUCCAGGAGAAGGCAACUCCAGUCAGAGCAGCAGAAAUAAGCGUGCUAUUCAGGGUGCAGAAGAAACAGUCAUUCAAGACUGCUUGCAACUGAUUGCAGACAGUGAAACACCAACUAUACAAAAAGGAUCUUACACAUUUGUUCCAUGGCUUCUCAGCUUUAAAAGGGGAAGUGCCCUAGAAGAAAAAGAGAAUAAAAUAUUGGUCAAAGAAACUGGUUACUUUUUUAUAUAUGGUCAGGUUUUAUACACUGAUAAGACCUAUGCCAUGGGACAUCUAAUUCAGAGGAAAAAAGUCCAUGUCUUUGGGGAUGAAUUGAGUCUGGUGACUUUGUUUCGAUGUAUUCAAAAUAUGCCUGAAACACUACCCAAUAAUUCCUGCUAUUCAGCUGGCAUUGCAAAACUGGAAGAAGGAGAUGAACUUCAACUUGCAAUACCACGAGAAAAUGCACAAAUAUCACUGGAUGGAGAUGUCACAUUUUUUGGUGCAUUGAAACUGCUGUGACCUACUUAUACCAUGUCUGUAACUAUUUUCUUCCCUUUCUCUGUACCUCUAAGAAGAAAGAAUCUAACUGGAUAUACCACAAAAAAAAAAAAAAGUAGUUACCGUUGGCUUUUCUGUGAGCUAUUUGUUUUGGUUUGCUGAAACUAGUCCAAAACAGGAAAUUUAACAGACAGCCACAGCCAAAGAGUGUCAUGUGAAUUACAAGAAACCAGAGCCCAUUUAGGGAAAGAUAGAACUAGAAAGGCUUUUCACUAUAAUUCCAUGCUGAACAAUUGAGUCAUAGCUUCUUAUCUUGGAGGAAGGACACAAUUCAAAGGGGCAGUAAGGAUUUUGUAAAAUGUGGCAUCCAUAAUUUACUAUGGAACCAGUGCCCACAUCUCUAGGACAUUAAGACAUUUAUGAGAAAUCUCAGGAUUCAUUUUCUAUUUUUAUGUUAAAUGCACUCCCUCCUUUUUGGUCAACAUUACAAAAAGUAAAAAAUAAAAAUUUUAGAAAUCUUGCAGUAGUUACAUGAAAUAACUAAAAGUUUAAAUUUAAAUAUGAAACAACUUGGCUGAAAAUAGUAUCCAUGUACUAUUUAAGUAUUUUAUGGUUAUUUCAAGUAUGCGAUUUCUAUCUAUGAUGUAAUAUAUUACCCACACAUUUUUUCACGGGAGAGAGAGAAUAUCCUCAUCUGUUUAUGCUCAUGUGUAUUUCCUAUAAUGAAUUUCAGAAACAUUUAAUAUCAGGUAAUUUCAAUUUAUGCAUGUAAAGCAUUGAUUGAAAAAUAACUAUAAUUGUUCAUAUAUAACAACAUAAUCUCCAACAGAAGUUACUGAAUACAUUUAUACUAAUGUAAUGUAAUUUCUCUUUAUUUCUUCCUCUUCUGUUUCAAACUGCUGCUAUUAUAGUUUACACAUCCCAACCUUUAAAAAUAUUCCUCUUAUUAGUUUUAUAUUCACUUUAUAGAGGUUGAGUUUUAAUUAAAAUUCUUGGCAUCCUGAAGUAUGUCACGUACCAUGUACUCCUUAUAAAUAUGUUGAUAUCUCAGAAGACAUCAUCCCGGUUUUCAUUUUAUAAAGUACCAUACUUAAGAAUGCUGUAAUACUUAUAUUUUAUAACAUGUUUCCUUUGCUUUGCUUGUCUUUUAUGUCAUUAGUUUUAACUGUUUACUUCAUUUAACAGUUUACAUCAUUCAACAGUUUACUUCAUUAAACAGUAGGUGGAAAAGUAGAUGCCAGUCUAUGAAAAUGUUCCCAUCUAUAUCAAAAUACUUUUCAAGGAUAUACUUUUCAAAACAAAGAAAACCAUUUACAUUUUAUGUUUAAAAUCUAAACUUUAAGUUUAAACUUUGUUUAGAUAUCUGGUUCCUAUGAUUUCGACUUCAGUAAGUUCAAAUAAAAUAUAUUUUGCAGUUCAUUUUGUUUUACAUGGUAAUUUAAAAAGAAGAAGCGAUAAGUGGAGUCAGAGUUUCAAUGCUAGGAGGGGUGGUUAAUGAUUUUUCUGGUGUUGCUGCUAAUAUGGAUUAACAAAUAAAAACCUUCAUUGCCUUUU